AUGGACAGCCCCUGUGGCGUAGUCAAGGGGACAUUCACUGUCAACGUACCCGUGACGGCGCAUGAUUACACGGGUGCCCCUACGCAACCACCAGGGACUGUGCACAUAGGGCUGCCCACAGGCACAGGUCGCCGCAGUGCCACCAACCCACAGCAAGCACACGGCCCCACCCAACACACAACACCCCCCACACCACGCAGCCAGCCAGCGCACCAGUACAAACGGUCGCACAGUGCCGAACCCAUCAACAUCCUCGAGAACAUACAGAAGAUGCAAGUCACGCAGGAGACCAAGCCAACGGCAACGGCCGACGCAUACGUACACGCACACGCACACACCACCGCACGCCGACAGCAGCAACCACAGAUACUCGCACGUGGGGCACUGAGGAAGAACGGCAGCUUAGGCGAGAAACUGGGGUCAACGGUUGCCAUCGGACGAUCACAGAGCAUUGAUGUGCAGGGGCUGAACAGCGAACGCAGCCGAUCACUGCAGGUACGACACGGACACACCACACGAGCGAAUGGGAGUGUACUUACAUUGACCGAUGCAAUGCGCAUGACAGCAAUGAAUCGGGUGCGCAACACGCCCUAUGUAGACUACCCGUACAAUGCCACACACCCCUCACCACACACAGCAGCCGCACACGUGGCACGAUGUGCCUGUGGCAGAGACCUGCGCAGUGGCAGUGAGUACUCCUGGCUGCAACUCAGCAUCAUCUUCUGUCGCACCAACCCUCACACAGCCUCAGUCAACAACCCCCACGCAGUCUCAGUCAACAGCCCCAGCACACACACAGACAACCACGACACACACACACACACACAGGAGCACACGGAUAGACCAGGUCUUCAGGUGGACAUACACAGCACCACACACGACUACACCAACACCAACACCACCGCACAGACCAACAAACCCACACACCACCCGACUGGGCAGACCACACAGCCAGCACAACGCAUGGCUAUGGCGGAGGACUGUGCGAAGUGUUACGUGACACUGACACGACGGCUGAUAGCCGCAGAGCUGCUGCACUACACACGCGCACGCAACGACGAGUUCGCAUGGCGCAACUACAAGCAACGAGAGCGCGAGAUGGCCGAAGACCACGUGGACACGACACAGACUCGCCUGGAUACGGUGGUGGCGUGUCCUGCGCGUCUGUUGGGUGAGAUUGAGGAUGCUACUACGGGAUUGUAUCCCGGGGCCUUCUCGCUAACUACGCUGUGUUUGCUGAAGGAAUUCGAGGUCAGAUUUGCCAUCGACGCUCCGCUUGCACGCCUCACUAAGGUGGAUGUGGUGGCAAGAUUGGUGAUCUCGAGAGAGGCUGACCUGGGGUACUUCCAGGCGCUUGUGCUCGACUACAUAAUGCACCAGCCCUUGCCAACUCAAUCCACUCCCGCGGACUUCUCUCAGGCUACAUCCUCAAACGAAUAUACUCAUACACACAUACAAGCACAUGCGUCUGUGGAUACGAUUUGUGCGCCCCUGUCGGACAGGAGGAUGUUUAUACAGACUGUGGAGAGAGUGCUCAAUCAUCUGAUGCAUGACCUCACCAAGUACAAGAUACACUUUGGGCCAGACGCGCCUGUGGGAGCACUGCAGAAGGUGAUUGCCUAUGUGUACUUCCUCUUCAGCGAUGACGAAGGCGACGGCGCUACACACGCACAUACUCGCCCACAAGCACACACACACACACACACACACGCACAUGUACGAGCACGAGUACGUGAAUAUGCCAAAGAGUUUUCCAAUCGCUACCCGAGUGUGCGAGAGAUUCUGGAGAGGUGCCUAAGAGAUGGCACACAGGCCACAUUCAGUCGCUUCGUGCGGCAGAACAUCGACGAAGGCCCCAGCAUGAUCCAAACCAACGAGCCUGACUUCCGUAGUCCACAGAUUAAUAAGACGUCGUCUCUGGUGCGGUCGGCCACGUCGCCUCUGAAGGCGCUGUCAACCCGUCGAACCAGCAUACAGAUGAAGACAGGCAUGGGCACUCUCACCAGCAAGGGCAGCAUGAAGGGCCGAGCGGGCAUGGGCAGUAAAGGUGGAGCACUGAGCAACGCAACCAUCAGUGAACAGACGGCCACGUAUGUCAAGGCGCAUGUGCUAGCACGUGUGCGCGGCAUGACGUCAUUGGUUUUGGAGACGUUGGAGGAAAUUGAGGUGGAGAGAGAGGUGCAUGCACCUCAGUGGCCCGUGGUGGACCUGCUGGGUGUGACUGUGCCGCAUUACCUGGGGAUGAUUGCACGUGAGCUGUCGCAGCUGUUCAAGGACCUGACGGAGGUGGUGGUGAUGGAUGAGAUGUUUGAUCUGUUCUUCAGCAUCAAGCAGCUCAAGGGCAGGUGCCACGCCCUGUGCAAUGCCGACGACAUGUUCCCAAUGGCCGACUGGUUUGGGCCUGUAGUAUUCGGUUGGUUGGAUGCGUUCGAGGUGUCGUCGCGCCAGACGGUGGACACGUGCCUUGCAGAUGACAUGUUAGUGCACGUGCGCACUCCCUCAGCACCACGUGCACUGCGACAGUCCCAGACACAGCCCUUUGCCCAGGCCCUGUCGCAGCAGAUCACCGGCCACGAGACCACGCACGCACAGGCACAGCACCACACCACCGCCAAACAGGACGCCAAGAAGACCAACACUGUCGAUAUGAUACCAAAGGAUAGUACCCACCUGACCGUCAGCACAGAGCACACCGCCGCACCCGCCACUGCAGGGGCAUGGCACACGCACAGUGUGGGAGAGGUGUUCAUGCAUCUGCUCAAGAGCCUCGCCUUCUUAGACCGCCUCAACCUCGAGGAUGAUACCAAGCAACCGAUUGUUGCCAUAGGAGCCGGUACAGCACACACUACCGACACGGCACAGUCGCCUGCGAACACACCGGGCGAUAGCAAUGCCAGCAUACAAAGUGGGGCUACCGCCAGUGUGCUGAGUGGAGCUUCGAGAGAGUCUACCCCCAGCGUGAAGAUGGGGCCCAAUCUCAGGCACAUCGUCCAUGUCAAGUACGCGCAUAUAUUGGGCAAGACUGUCGAAUACUACCAGACAAAGCUACUGCUGCAAAUGUCGCGCAUCAGAGACAUUGCCAUCCACUCGGUGCGCACGGGCGGACCUACCGAAGGCGUGAAACAAUUGUGCUGUGGGCUAUCGAACAUGCAGCACCUGCACACACAUCUAGUGGACAUGUGCAUGGCAUUAAACAUGACACCCGAGCAGACCCAGCGGGCACAGGACGCCGUCAAGAAACCCAUCAAACCCAUCAACUCAGAUCCUGAUGCGGAGAAGUUUGUGUCUAUUUUGGGACAGACAUUCGUAUCUGUGGAUCGGGGUGUUGCAACCACUUCUGAUUUGCUGCGUGAUACUAUUGCUCAGUGUCUGGUGGAGCGAGUGAAGACAGCCACGCGAGGAAUGUACUCCACAAAACAGGAACGAUAUGCACUGUACGCCCCACAAACACUCUCUCCCACACUCAAGAAGAAGAAACGUGGGCUGUGGUCGCGCAUACAAGCGGUUGGCAUGACAACGCCUCCCGGCAGCACCAAUAGUCUCAACAAGCAGGGCAACAGCAGCAAUAAGAACCUCAGCGGCAUUUUCACCUCCUCGGGUAGCAACACGGCAACGGGUCUGAGUGUCCUGGAUGUCGCUACAGACAACAUCACACCGGUGGUAAACCCUACACUGAUUGGGGCGAGGUUGUGCGGUGACAUGGCCAUAGUCGUGCGGUCGCUCACAAGUGUUGUGGUGGCAUCCGUCAACCCGAAGGAACUAUCUGCGGACAUCAUCAAUGGCACCUGGAAGGAGUUUGUGGCGGGUGUGACGCGGUUGCUGCUGCCACCGUCUGGUCCUGACGGUGACCUGCCCACCAACGACGUAUUGCUGAUCAUCCAGCUGUUCUUAGAGCCACUGAAGGAGGUCUAUGCGCAGAGUGCGACUGGAGCAGGCAUCCAAUUGGUGGACCAGGAGUCCUGUGUGUAUCUAGAGCGGUGCUUGGCUGACUAUGAGGGGCCGUCUGAAGCGCUGGUGCAUCGGUACAACAUGAUCAUGAACGAGCCAUUACGCGAGAAUGAAGACGUGACGGAAUACAUCACCAAGCAAGAGACCGUGCAGCACAUCCCAGACAUCCUCGCACUACGCCACCACGACCAGGUUGCUGAAGCAUUCAGCGCCGCAAACAACGUCAAAGGCGCGGCGUCUGGUACUAUGUUCUUCUAGUGCCGUGCAUACCGCGUCGCUUGCAAAAAGGGUUCAUGGCCAGUCCUGCCCUAGCCUACGAGGUGCGGCCUGAGUUGGGUGCAAUGUCCCAUUUAGUGCUUGUUGUCAUGCGAAGGACAUACACCUUAACCGAAGCGAGGUGUGCCUCUUGAUGCCUAGUCCUGUCUCGUUUGCGUGCGUCGUAUGGGCUGCUGCUGAGACGUUUUAGGGUUUAGGGUUUUCCUAAAUGGUUUUGCCAACCAGUCGGCAAUCGAGACGUCUCGUGGCAUCAUAAGUGGUGUGCAAUGGCACCCGUUUGUGUGGUGUGCUGGUCUGUCCUGUUCUCGAGUACAGGUUGUGCCGAUUGUCAACUGAGACUGCAAGCAGUGCUACCCGCUCAAGAGAAUAAGAGGGCCUUACUUUAUAUAUUUUGGGCUAGAUUCGGGGUUUGGGUUAGGAUGAGUUUCUGGUAUAUGGCUUGCCAAGGACAAGGAGGUGCAACUGGCUGCUGCGAGAGCAGAAGUACAUCGGAGAAAGGGGAAUGAUGUUAUUAUAUCAAACAUAAACGAAGUAGACAGCGCAAACCACACGGGCACCCCACGGAUCAACUGCUGCAAGGCACUGGCGGGUGGGCCACAUGGCACGUGCGGACACUCUCAGCCACCUCGGUGCAUAAACACCACUCCUCACAUUCACCCAAACUGUGAGCCUUAUGUAGCAUGUGAGUACGACAGGGUACCUCACCCUCCAAUACCAUUGAAUGGUGUUUGUGAAGUCAGCUACAGGAAAUUGAUUAAACAUCCAUGUGUACAGGAUACAUUGCAAA